CUGCAUUCUUCGCGUUUAAUUUUUCUUCCCCCUCUCAGUGGAUUCUUGACUUUUGCUUAAGAUCACAGCCCAUUCCUGGGCUUGUGUGUGUGUGUGUGUGUGUGUGUGUGUGUCUGUGUGUGUGUGUGUGUGUGUAUGUGUGUCAGUGUGUGUCUGUGUAUGUGUGUGUGUGUGUGUGUGAGUGUGAAUGCAUGUGUGAGUGGGUGGGUGUGUACAAACGUGAGCGUAUGUAAGUGUCUGAGAGAGAGAGAAAGGGAAGGAGAGACGAGAGAGAGGAGAAACAGGGAGACAGACAGACAGACGAGCCUGCUGCAUUUAAAAAUAGAGAGAGAGAGAGAAACGUCGAGAAGGUUCCCAAGUGUUUUCCUCUUCAUGCUGGCAGACUAGGAGGUAUAGCCCAGCACGCUUCCUGGUCGAGUUUUUGCAGUUCUGUUGAGGGAGGAGCAUUGCAGGCAGUCAGAACCACACAAGCAGAGGGAGCAGCGCUCCAGCCACACCUCAGGAGGACUUGCUAGCCAUCAUGCUCCACUAACAAGGGAAAGAGGAGAUAGACUGCAAUUUUUGGUUUCUUAAGAAAGAGGGACGGGAAAAAAAAUAUCUGAAGAUGAAUCCCAGAAUGCCUUGAGUGCUUGUUCCUCUAUUCAAGUGAAUCAGGGGAAACAGGAAUAUGAGAAUCACAGAUUUCUAUGGAAGUGGACCAUGGAAGCCUAGCAGUUGGCGCAUCAAUUUACAGCACCAGCGAUCGAUCGCCAACUGGGGUUCAACCCUCGCUGCUACCUGUUGGUACUGAGAAGUGCCUUUCCUGGAAUCUCUGCUGCUUGGAACAGCUUCUAGGGCAGUCUCUGCUUUUUUUUGCCUUGCUUGCUACCAGCUAGACUGCGUCAACCGCACAUCCAUCCCCUCCAGCUUUAGAACGACUGGCCGCCCCCCCUUACCCCUGUCCUCUUUCCCCUUCACCCCCCCUUCCCCUUCAUUCCCACCUUAAAGAGAGAGAGAGAUAGAGGGAGAGAGGGAGAGAGAAGUAGAGUGAAGGAAGAACUAUUCACAGUAUUUCAGGCUGGCAUUUCUCCUCUUGCUAUGUUACUGUAACGAGCAAAGAAUUAUAACUUUACAAAACAAAUCAACUCUUCCGGAAAGAUCCACCUGAGACAAACUAAGGGAAUUACGAGAACAUAAAACAGAAAAUCGGAUCGCUUUGAAUUUCUGCAAGCGGACUGGCAGACUCAUUGAUACCAAUUGCUCACACAACUUGCCAAAUCAACUGGUUCGAUAUUACAUUUUUGGAUUGAUCUACUGAAAGCAACUGGGCAACGCGCACUCAGCAAAAAAAAAAGGUCAUCCCAAUUCACUGGAUUCAAAGUGGCCUUCAAGUAAUGCAUCACUGAGGAUCCGAAACCCAUUACAGUUUUGGUGUAUAUCUGCCUGCCAUUUUUUCAGUGGAAGUAUAAAGAAAAGAAAGCUUUUUGUUGUUAAAAAUCAAAUUCACUUCAAGAACACCUCGCCCCGCUAAUGCCAGGAGCUUCCUCACAGGGGAAACGUACCCGUGGUGAUCUUUACGGCAAAAUAGUCAUCGAAACGUGAAGGAGUAUUCUUUUAAUUCCUUCCUUACCACCAACAACCCACCAAACAAGCUCAAGAGCUUUCUUUGACCGACCCACAUUGCACCGCAGUCUGCCUGUUAACCUCCUGGGAUAUCUGUUCACUCACAAACAUGGCUGUCAGUGUGGCACAGAUACGGGACACAAAAUGGCUGACGCUGGAAGUGUGCCGAGAAUUCCAGAGAGGCACUUGCUCCCGGCCCGACACGGAAUGUAAAUUUGCACAUCCUUCCAAAAGCUGUCAGGUGGAAAAUGGACGUGUCAUCGCCUGCUUUGACUCGCUGAAAGGUCGCUGCUCCAGAGAGAACUGCAAGUACCUUCACCCUCCACCCCACUUAAAAACACAACUGGAGAUCAAUGGACGGAAUAACCUGAUCCAGCAGAAGAACAUGGCAAUGCUGGCCCAGCAGAUGCAACUAGCCAAUGCCAUGAUACCUGGAGCACCACUGCAGCCCAUGCCAGUGUUCUCCGUCACAACAGGGCUAGCGACUAACCCCACCACAGCCUUCAACCCAUACCUGGGACCUGUCUCUCCAAACCUGGUGCCAGCCGAGAUUCUGCCCAGUGCACCGAUGCUGGUGACGGGGAACCACGCCGUUCCGGUCCACACUGCGGCCGCUGCCCAGAAGCUGAUGAGGACCGAUCGACUGGAGGUCUGCAGGGAGUUCCAGCGUGGCAACUGCACGAGGGGCGAGAACGACUGUCGCUUUGCCCACCCAGCAGACAUCGCGAUGGUGGACACCAACGACAACACCGUCACCGUGUGCAUGGAUUACAUCAAGGGCCGGUGCUCCCGGGAGAAGUGCAAGUACUUCCAUCCCCCUGCCCACCUGCAGGCCAAGAUAAAGGCAGCACAACACCAAGUCAACCAGGCUGCUGCUGCCCAGGCCGCAGCGACUGCAGCCGCUAUGACUCAGUCGGCUGUCAAAUCACUGAAGCGACCCCUCGAGGCAACCUUUGACCUGGGCCUUCCUCCUGGUGUCCUUCCCCCACUACCAAAGAGACCUACACUAGAAAAAGCCAAUGGUGCCACGACAAUGUUUAAUACCGGUGUUUUCCAAUAUCAACAAGCCCUUGCAAACAUGCAGCUGCAUCAACAGACUGCUUUCAUCCCUCCAGGCUCAAUAUUGUGCAUGACACCCGCUACAAGUGUUGUACCCAUGAUGCACGGUGCUAAUCCUGCAGCCGUUUCCGCGGCAACAACGUCUGCCACAAGUGUCCCCUUUGCAGCCACGGCAACCACCAAUCAGAUGCCCAUUAUAUCUGUGGAUCAUCUGGCUAGCCACAAGUAUGUUACUCAGAUGUAGACUCUUUCUAGGUUGAACAAUCAGUGUGAAGAGACAGUGUGCAGGGAAGCCAUUACACAGCAAAGGUCAACAGCCUGUUCUGUAUAUACCACCAUCUAAUCAGCAACCUACCAUAACCCUCCCUCCCUCAGCCACAAUCCUUUCCACUUCUGGCAUUCUCACAAAAUGGAAGUAUGGUCAUCCUGAACAUGACUCGGAAGAAGAAUGCUGCACACUGAGGCUGGGAUAGCCUGCUCUCUCUAAGGAGAAUAAUGCUAAGGGAGCUUUACCUAUUGUUCAGCAUAUAACAUCACUGGCCUUUCCUCAGUACUCGGCUCGGAAGACAAAGCAUAAAUGAUGCCCAUUCCAUUCACACCCCUUGCCUCUCCUUCCCUCUCGGCUUGCGCCCCCCCCCAACACUCCCCCCCCGACCCCCCAGUGGAAAGGUAAACACUGAUGUACACUUUAGUAUACAGUAUAUACUGGUACGCCUGCAAACCAUACAGAUCAUUUUGGUGUUAGGUUUAAAUGGUUUUCCUACAAGUUUACAAAAGUGGAAAAAAAUAGAGAGAAAAAUCAAAAUAGUGCACCUUGUAUUUAAAAGAAAUACUAUUUUCCCAUUUUCACUAAAAAUCAAUUGUGCAUGUACAGUGAUCUGUGUUAUGGUUAUAUUCUAAUGGAUUGUAAGAAAGAUAUAAAGAGGCAAUGGACAGAUGAAUGUGUUGGGCAAAAUAUAAAUGCAAACCAAGUCUGUUCUUUCUUUAAAGCACAUUGUAGCUUUAAAUACUGUGUCGUAAAUAUGUUGGAGGUACAUAUUAAGUGCCACUCAAGGCUAUACGUCUAACCCUAAAGUAUUAUUCAUGCAGUGUAAAACAUUUAUCUAUUUCAAUGUAUUUCAAGCUUGAUUCAAAGUGAGUUAUGCUAUUUUACAUCCCGUACCCUCUCAGAAAUUGCAUCUCCACUCCAGAGUGAAUAGCAUAACGCACAGCGAAUAAAAGUGUAAUUUCCUUUUAUUGUUUUAGAUAAAAACAAUCAUUGUAGACCACUUAUGCACAUUAUUAAUAUCCACCAGCGAUAUUAAUCAUGAAAAAUAUAAGGAAAAAGACACAAGUCAUGACCAAUGUUAAUUAUCAGUAUUGUCACUUUUCGAUGCCAUAACGAGUCAACUCCAAAGUGAAAAGAGUUUGCUAGCCAUUAAUUGCCAAUCAAGGUGCCAUGCGUCAGAGACUUGGUCAGGUGGCAGUUUUAAUUUGCCCCAAAUUCUUUUGCCCCAGUAUAAUGCCAGAAGUCAAAUAAGACUAUAAAACUAUCUCUAUAUGGAGAUGAAAAAAAAAAUCCUGUUUCGUGCUGAAUGUGUUCGCAGUCACAUACUUUACAUAGAAAACAUUAUGGAAAGUGACUCUAAACUAGAUUACCUUAAGGUCGAACGAAGCACUGUCAUAAAAUGCAUGAUAAACCAAAAUAUAAAUGUUUGUUAAAAGUAGUACCAGGGUGGGAUAUGUAUCCGGGUGAAUUUUAUAUGUGACUUUUUUUCAAAGUAAUUGCAUUUAGCCUUAGAAAGCCUUCAAAAAAAAACAAAAAAAAAAGUAUUAGUUGUGUAUUUUUUAAUGGGUUCAUCCAUCCAAAGGAAUUCCUAUUAUUAUUUUGUUUUCCUGAUAGGAAUCUUUUUUUUUCAGAAGUUUGCGAAAGGGGUUUAAGUAGAGGUCUGUUCAGCAAAAAAAAAAUGGAUCAGAUGUUGUAGUGGGGCCGGUUACUUGAAGUAUCCUUGUUGGAAUGGAAGAGGUGGUAGUUCAUUUCAUGAACUAUCCGUAAUUCUGAGCUCACUGCAAAGUUUUAUUUUUUGAAGAUAGAAUUUGAAAGGUGUACUUGGUAGUUUUAAAAAAGGGGUUGUUGCAUUAUUUUAUUGAUUGUACUGUACAUCUAUUAAAGCCUUAGAUUAUAUAUUACGGGUUGAAACCCAUUUUAAAUGUAACUUCAGACCUAUUAAGGAGCACAUAGACUUCACUUCUUGCUCUAGUACUUACAUACUAGAAUUUUGCUUAUUUCAAUUCUUUUAAGUUUGUAGUCUCUUACAUAUAAUAUUAGAAUUGUUUUAAUUUUUUAAUGUUUAAAAGUCUGAUAUUAUUUUCAUAUUUUAGUUGAUAGAUUGUCUUUUAUUUCAUUUAUUGGAAGUCAUGGAUAAAAGAUUUCCAGAAAGUUUUUUUUUGACAAAGUGAUGUUUUUUUUUGCCUCUCCUCCCCUUUUCAACCUUGUGUAAUAUCAUUUAAUUCUUUAGCGUAGUAUAACAGCAUAAAGAAUGGAUUAUAGUUUACUGAUUUAUGAAUUACGAGCAUCUGUCAUUGCUACUUCCAUCAUUCAGAGAACAAAAACCUUUUAUAUGGAUAUCUUACAGUGAUCAUUUCAUUGUAAAGUAUGAAGUUAAGUUGUUGCUAUAGCAACAAUACUGGCAGACAAUUGCAUAAUGUUUAGAAGAUUUACUUUGUUUGUAAUUAUAGUCAUUAUGAAAAUCUCUAGUUCCUAGAUUAUUAAAACUGAAAAUUAUUUUCUACUGUAACCAUUUGAGAAUAAUAAGAUAUUGUUUGUUGGGUAUAUUUUAAUCUCCCUCAUCUAAAUAUCAGACCUUCAUUAAAUAGGAGAUGCAUAAUCAAUAGAUUUUUUAUGUCAUGAAUUCAAAUAUUAAUCAAAGCUUACUUAUAAGAAAAGAGGAUUAAUCUGAAUUAUGUGUGCAGACACUUGAGGGUUGAUAAUGCUGCAGUUUUGGAGAUAAAAAAAGUUGAUCGGUCCUACGGGGAAAGUUAACUUUUUGCACUUCUGUAUAUAGUCAAGGAGAAGGAAACCUGUAAAAUAGUAAGAUCUUAUUUUGAAUAAAAAAAAUGUCUAUAAUAACAAGGAAUUUUGUUAAGGUCAUUAAAACGACAGGCUGAACAAAAAUAAAAAAUAUUUAAAAAAUGCUUGCAAAAAUUUAAAAAAAAAAUUGUUAAUGGGCAUAGAUUUAAGCACCUCGUAACCUUAUCCCAAUGCCCGCCCCUUCAAGGAAACAAAGGCAAAAUAUUGCUUUGCUUCAAUGUGAACAGCUUGUAGUUUGCCAGGAUUUUUUUCAGCUAGAAAGACAAACAUACUCCUGAGAUCAUUGGGGAGAGGACAAUGGGGAGCCCAAUUUUAACCAGACACCACCCCCGUCACAAAACAGGUAGGACUGAGAGGGCAUGUGUUUAUUCUCAUAUGCCCGUGACCAGCCUGCCCCCAGUCUCCUACUCCCACCAGCCCAGUCUUGCUCCAGGUAAUGUCAAUGGAAGCAAAGUUAGGCCAGAGGAGAUGUCCAGCACGAGGAUAGAUACAGAACAAGGAUUCCUGCCUGAUCCCAUUGGAACAGGAAUUCCCAACCUAAUCUGAUAGGAAUGAUGAAUUCCUGCCUGAUUUGGUGGGAAUGUGAAUUCCUUCCUGAUCUCACAGCACUCUUGGAUGGCCUCCUUGAGUUCAGCGUUGCAUCUCCUCCCAUCACCACACGCUGGCCCCGGUCACUCCCCUCUCUCACCCAGCCCCCACUUCCCGUAUCCCCUACAAUCCACCAGCAACCCACCACACCACAACACUCACCCAUGACUGACAAUGUUGCACAGGUUAAAAUCUCCUGGUGCAGAUCAUUACUAACCAGGUCAAACACUUUGAUUAUCAACAUCACAACAGAAGAUUUUUCACUCCACUCAACAACAGAAAAUAUCAAACUCCUUACAAAAAAAAAUCAACUGCAUGUUUUAAAAGUUCUUUUUUUAUAAAUCACACAAAGAUAAACUACAGUUUAAAAGUAUGUAUUUUAGUCUUAUCAAAAACAGGUUCUGUCUAUGGAUUUUGAUGGUACUUCUAACAGGAAGUAAAAAUUGCAUCGAUGAAUAUAUAUAUAUCAAACUGGCUCCACACGUUCAGUAAAUGACUAUAUGUCAACAAUGUCAGAUUAGUCAUGGAGAGAACACCGAAACAGUAAAUGCCCACAUGACUAUUUUGCUCUUGUUAUUCCUGAUCCUUUUUGCAGUUGAGUCUAUGCCUUUGUUUUUUGAAUAAUUCAAGUUAUUUUUCUUUAAAAAAAACCACUAUGAAUUGGAGAAACAGAAAUUCUCUUCUUUCUAAAUUCCCCUGCUUCCCUUAUUUUUGGAAUAAAAGGAAGACAGUGCCAAGGUUCCAAGGUCGAAUUUUGUCCUCUGUUGUACAUUCAAUUUAGUAGCGUGUGCACGUCUUUUGCAGAAUUCAGUUCCACUGAGUCAAUGUAACUGUAGUUCAUCGUGCAUAUAUACAGUGUGUGUGUGUAUGUGUAUGUGCAGAGCACAGAACGGAGGGCAAGACUCAUCCCUGGAAGAGAGGAAAUGGAAACUCAUGGAGGAGGAGUGGAGAGAAGGGAAAGAAAGUUCAGUAGUUCCAUUUAGUAUCAGAGAAUGUAUACAGUAUACAACCCGAGAGAGUAGAUCAGCAAAAUGCAAAUUGGGAACCCUUCUCUUCUCCCUGGGUUUCAUGGUGCAGUGCUUGUUACUGGACCACCAGGCAGAAUAUUGGAACAUCAACCCAGUGAGUUUCAAACCCACCUUGGCAAAUGAAGAAUGCAAAAUUCAAAGAAUUAACUCGAUCUGGAUCUUUAAACAAAUGCCAGUCUUAAUCACUGGAGACAUAAAGCGACUGGGUUGUUCUAAAACCCAUCUGAUAUAUAAAUGCUCUUCAGAGAGGCACCUUACCUUGUCAAGUAUAUAUAUAAUUCCAGAGCAACCAAUAUGAAAGGCUCUUAAAUGGCCUCCACAAUUCAGAGACGUUGAGGACUAAACAAUAAACGCUGGUACAGCAAACAAGAUUCAAAUCCCAUGAAUGUACAUGCUUUAAAAAAAACCUACUCAAUGGUUGUAAUUUUUUUUUAGUUUGGGUGAAAUGACCAUUCAAAUUUGGGAAAAGUGUGUCCAAAUUGUGAGGUCAUAGCUACAGCUGUCAAAAGGACAGGAGCUUGGUUUUAUGAUUGUAUAAACACAGGCUCUCUUUUUAUUUUGAUGUUUUCCCGCUCGUAGUUGCUGAUAUAGUAUACUCUGUCCUUGGCUGCAAUUGUUUUAUUAUUAUUACUGCUAUAUCUUUGAUUCUUGCUGUAUGGAAUUAAAAAAAAAUAAAGAUAAAAUUACCAACAAAAA